ACUGGAGUUGUGUAGAUAUCGCUCAGUUGAUACAUGACAGUGUAACGAAACAUUUAACAAAAAUGGCACCAACUGUAGGUAAACUCUUUGUAAUGGAGUUAAGCCCUCCUUGUCGUGCUGUAAUGUUAACGGCAAAGGCUCUGGGGAUUGAAAUAGAGUUAGUGGAAACUAAUUUAUUCAAAGCUGCUCAGAUGCAACCGGAAUUUUUGAAGUUAAAUCCAAAUCAUACCGUACCCACAUUUUUGGACAAUGAUGGAACAUCAGUCGGUGACAGUCACGCAAUCAUGACGUAUCUUGUUUCUAAAUUUGGUAAAAACGAUGCGUUAUACCCGAAAGACCUUAAAAAACGGUCAGCGGUAGAUCAAAGAUUACAUUUUGAUUGUGGGACUGUGUAUGCUUUGCAUCUAUUUAUAGUGGGCCCUAUGUAUGGCAAAACAGCAACAGGACCUUCUGACUAUCACAAAAUGGCUGCUGAAAGAAUGUAUUCAUCGUUGAAUAGGUAUCUUGAAGGAAAUAAAUGGGUUGUAGAAGGUGAAACACCAACAAUUGCUGAUUUCUCACUGAUUACAUCGAUUCUAUGUAUUUCGAUUGUCGCACCGUUCGAUAAACAGAAGUUUCCAAACAUUGUCAACUGGAUUAAGAGAUGUGAAGCAUUACCGUACUUCAGUGUGAACAAAAAGGACAAGAUGUAUAUGCAAAUGGCGCCUACUGUUGGUAAACUUUAUAUAAUGGAGUUAAGUCCUCCAUGUAGGGCUGUAAUGCUUACAGCAAAAGCACUUGGUAUCAAUUUAGAGUUAGUAGAAACCAAUUUGUUUAAGAAUGAGCACUUUAACCCAUCAUUCUUAAAGUUGAAUCCAAAUCAUUCGACGCCUACUUUCGUGGACAAUGACGGUACUACAAUUGGCGAUAGUCAUGCAAUCAUGGCGUAUCUUGUUUCAAAAUUUGGAAAAGACGACACUUUAUAUCCGAAAAACCUUGCAAAACGAUCUAUGGUUGAUCAAAUGUUACACUUUGAUUGUGGAACUGUUUACAGUUUACAUAAAUCCAUAGUAAGACCCAUGUAUGCCAAAAUGCAAACUGGCCCUACCAAAAUGCAAAUGGAAGCUGCCGAAAAAAUGUACACGUCGUUAAACAUGUAUCUUCAGGGAAAUAACUGGGUUACCGGAAGUGAAACACCAACAAUUGCUGAUUUCUCACUGAUUACAUCGAUUUUAUGCAUUUCGAUUGUUGCACCCUUUGAUAAACAAAAGUUUCCAAAUAUUGUCAACUGGAUUAAGAGAUGUGAAACCCUGCCGUGUUUUGAGGUUAAUCAUAAAGGGCAGGAGAUUUAUGCUUCAAUGCUCAACAAUAUGUUAAAUAACAAAUACGAAUUUUUAGUGGAAUUAACUAAAUAACAUGUUGUAUAUAUGCAAAAUUGUAUAAUGAUUUAUAUAAUAGUUGUGGAUAGUAAUAGAUACACUGAUAACCUAUAAUCAAAUUUUAGUCAAAACUAGGUUAUGUUAUAACCAACUAAAGAAAUUUUUAAACACUAUGACUAUUUAUGAUCUAA